CAUGGUGGGAUUCGAACACACGACCCUCUGAUUGCAAGGUGAGAGUCAGAACCGCUACACCACGACGCUUCCAUAGAAGUAUACUCUGUAGACGUCUAAAGAGCCAAAUAGAACUUCACCAGUCGACAAAACCAUAGCACUGUCCAUCGGAAUAAUCAUGCCACUCGCAAUAAUCACCACCACGCUUCCAUCCGAGUCUAUUCCGACCAAGUUUUGUGAAGAUUUGUCGAAACUGCUGUCGGUUGAACUCAUCAUGCCAGAAGAGGUCGUAACGGUACACGUUAACGCAGGUCAGCUGAUGACGCGCAAUGGAACCCACGACCCCAGCGCCUACAUUGAACUGUACCACUCCAAAGGAUACGGGACAAUCGACAAGAAACGGAAGGUCUCCAGGACUGUACUAGCCUAUGCCAAGCAACGUCUCAGCAUCGAUACGUCCAGGAUCUUCAUACUCUUCAAGCAACCGGCUGGUGACGAUAUCGGUCUUGAUGGUGGGCUGUGGUCAGACUCUUCCCAUUGAAAAAGAGGAGCAGCGAAAAAUGAACUUCGAUUUAUAUCAUGAAUUGUUGAACUUUUAUUUAAGUUCCAUUUGACUUUUCCCCUUUUCUCUUUUCUUCUUCCUCUUCCCCAUUUUCUUCAUUCUCUUCUCCUUCUUCCUCCUUUUCCUCUUCACCAUCUACAUGCUUAUUCUUUUGAUUCCUUUAUAUGAUUUCAUAUGAUCCAAAAUUUAAAUAACUUUGUAUUAUACUUUUCCGUUGUGUCAAACAAAAUGCAAUUUCUUUUUAUGAGAUUAUGAAUUUAAGAUAUGUGAUAUAAAUUAUGUUUCCUUUUGUAUUAUAAUGUAACAAUGUCUAUCAUAACUCAUCGCAAUUUGGCUAUGCCGCAAUGACGUUUUUUUAAAUUAAUAAACCAGUUAUUUAUCUAUCGAUCUAUCUAUCUAUUUUAUAUUCAUCGUUUAAUUCUAUACAUUGCUAGGAUUUUCAUUUAUCAACCGUUUGCUAUUAUUUAAGUUCUCCCUAUACUCGCAUAAAAAGAUUAAAACGAAUCAGCCCUUUACUGAUGCAUUUUGGGGAGUAUUCUAACCAUGCAGUAUCACAUUGAUAUAGCACCAGAUUUUUUUCGCAGUAAAUAAAUUUUAUAUAUUUGAAAUUGUUUGUAAUCAU